AUCGAUGGCUUUCCACAUAUGACGAUGAUCGUCAGUUGGUGACAGACAUUGAAGUAAGUCACGAGCACUCGCUGACUGGCAGGGACUUCCAAGCAGACGCUUCGGAAUCAUUCGAUGUGGACCAUGACCCAGACAGCAAAUACCCCACUGUCAAAUGCAAGGUAUAUGUUGUGCAGCUAUGGGACUGUGGAUAUGUAGUGGUAUAA